AUGGGGAGUGCAUCUGCUUUGCCUUCUGUCAGAGUCGCUGGGUGCCUCCACGUGGAAGUGACUGCCGGCGUCAGGAUGGCUUCUUGGCUACCGACGGGUCCGGCCAGCCGGCUGCCCCGGGCUGGAGUCCCAGGGCUGCGCUGUCGAGGGGAGUGGUGGGGUAGCACAAAUCAAGCGAGCAGCUGGUACCGAGUACCUCUGCGCAUCUGCUGUCAUUGCUGUGAAAAUUUGCUUGUAGUUUGUGGCAAUGACAUACUGUGUUUUGCAGAGCUAUGGAUCUCGCUGGAGGAGCACCAAGAUGCGUUAGAGCUUAUCAUGAGCAAAUACAGAAAGCAGAUGUUACAGCUUUUGCAAGGGAGAAAAGGUGAAGAUGCAGAACCAGUCUUGAAAGUUCAUCAGGCUAAUUCUUUGGAAAUUGAAAGUCAAAUAGACAGAAUAUGUGAAAUGGGAGAGGUGAUGAGAAAAGCUAUUCAAGUCGAUGAUGAUCAGUUCUUUAAAGUUCAGGAGAAACUAGCUCAAUUGGAGCUUGAAAACAAAGAGCUGCGUGAACUAUUGUCAAUCAGCAAAGAGUCUUUUGAGGUGGGGAGAGAAGAUCUGCCUGACUGA